GACGAUGAAGCGGCAGAACGUGCGCACGCUGGCGCUCAUCGUGUGCACCUUCACCUACCUGCUGGUGGGCGCCGCGGUCUUCGACGCGCUCGAGUCGGAGCCCGAGAUGAUCGAGCGGCAGCGGCUGGAGCUGCGGCAGCAGGAGCUGCGGGCGCGCUACAACCUCAGCCAGGGCGGCUACGAGGAGCUCGAGCGCGUCGUGCUGCGCCUCAAGCCGCACAAGGCCGGCGUGCAGUGGCGCUUCGCCGGCUCCUUCUACUUCGCCAUCACCGUCAUCACCACCAUCGGCUAUGGCCACGCAGCACCCAGCACGGAUGGCGGCAAGGUGUUCUGCAUGUUCUACGCGCUGUUGGGCAUCCCGCUCACGCUCGUCAUGUUCCAGAGCCUGGGCGAGCGCAUCAACACCUUCGUGAAGUACUUGCUGCACCGCGCCAAGAGGGGGCUGGGCAUGCGGCGCGCCGAUGUGUCCAUGGCCAACAUGGUGCUCAUCGGCUUCUUCUCGUGCAUCAGCACGCUGUGCAUCGGCGCCGCCGCCUUCUCCUACUACGAGCACUGGACCUUCUUCCAGGCUUACUACUACUGCUUCAUCACGCUCACCACCAUCGGCUUCGGCGACUACGUGGCGCUGCAGAAGGACCAGGCGCUGCAGACGCAGCCGCAGUACGUGGCCUUCAGCUUCGUGUACAUCCUCACCGGCCUCACGGUCAUCGGCGCCUUCCUCAACCUCGUGGUGCUGCGCUUCAUGACCAUGAACGCCGAGGACGAGAAGCGCGACGCCGAGCACCGCGCGCUGCUCACGCGCAACGGGCAGGCGGGCGGCUGCGGCGGAGGCGGCGGGGGCGGCGGCGCGGGCGGCAGCGCGCACACCACGGACACCGCCUCGUCCACGGCGGCGGCGGGCGGCGGCGGCUUCCGCAACGUCUACGCCGAGGUGCUGCACUUCCAGUCCAUGUGCUCGUGCCUCUGGUACAAGAGCCGCGAGAAGCUGCAGUACUCCAUCCCCAUGAUCAUCCCGCGGGACCUCUCCACGUCCGACACGUGCGUCGAGCAGAGCCACUCGUCGCCGGGAGGGGGCGGCCGCUACAGCGACACGCCCUCCCACCGCUGCCUGUGCAGCGGGGCGCAGCGCUCCGCCAUCAGCUCGGUGUCCACGGGCCUGCACAGCCUGUCCACCUUCCGCGGCCUCAUGAAGCGCAGGAGCUCCGUGUGACUGCCCUGCGGGGCCCGGAGCGUCGGGGGUUGCGGGGGACCAGGGGAGGGAGGGGCUCCUGCCGGGAGGAGCAGCAGGGGUCGUGCGGAGGCCCCAUGGGACCCUCCCCACCCUCCUCCAGCCCCCACCCCCAUCUCCCGACUGUGCCUGCUCGCACCAGCCGGCAGGAGCCCGGGCUCUGAGGAUGUUUCAGGACAUCCGUGCCCUGCAAAUUCCGAGAAAUGUGAAAUGUGCGGGGGGAGGGGGAGGGGGGAGGGAAGGCAGAAGCUGGGAGCCUCCCAUCCCUCUGGAAAUCUAAGGAGCUCCGCGCGCCCUCCCCCCCUCGCUCCCCUCCCCACCGUUCUCAGAGGCCCUGCUGGUACCCAGACCACCCCCCAUCCCUCACCCCCCUCCGCCAUACGGAGGGAACUUCGUGUUCUGUGUAAGUUUGCAUCUCUAUUUAUACCUCUGUCCUGCCAGGUCUCCCACCUUCCCGAGGCUCCAAAAGCCAGGGUGUCUUUGUUCAGGUCACCCCCACUCAGUCCCACUCCCCUUCCUUAUCCCCAGCUGUGUCUCCCAGUCCCCCACUACCUUUUGUUUGUUGUUUUGCAUGGCUUUGCAGUUACGAAGAGAGUGGAAACCCAGCAGUCCCUAAAGCUAGUCUCCAGAAGGCAGGCGGAUGGAAGCAAGGACAGGCAGGCUGUAGGAGGGACAGAGGAGGGAAGGGGAGAUAGUGGCCCUCUAGUCUGCAGGGCAGCCCACAGGGAGAUGAGAGUUAACUGGCCUCCAGCCUCAGACAAUGCCCUUAAAAUCAAACAGAAAACUUCAUCCUUACCAUUCCCAGCCGCUGUCGACAAUGACCAAUCUUAAAUCUGUGGAGGGAGUUUCAGCCUCCGACACCUGUCCCGACUACCCAUCCAUCUGAUUCUCACAGUAGCCAGUUAGGUCAGCAAGGCAGGAGCUCUCUUCCUCAUUUUACAGGGGACACUGGGGCCCAAACAGGUGAAGUGACUCGCCCAAGGUGGCACAGGCAACAAAAGGCAGAGGGGAAUGAGAACCCGGGCUGCUGCUUCCGAGUCUCAGUGCCCUUUUCCUUCUGACUCCCCUGCCCGCUGUGACAAGCCAAGCUCCUGCCCCGAGCACGCAGGCACCAUGUGAGCCAGUGCUGGGGCUCAGCCUCAACUCUACUUGGCCAGGAGGCAGGGGCUCUGAGUGGACCCCUGAUGCAGGGUAGGACCCCUUAGUCUUUGGACUGCCUGCUUACAAAGAGGGAGGCAGGGCCGAGGCUCACGGAAAAGGGGGCAGGAGCCAAGGCUCUAUGAGGUUGGGAAUUGGGCAGAAUGAGCUAGAGAACUGUUGGGCAUAUCCAAUUGGGACAUUAUCCCUGGCUCUAACAGCCAGCGUUGGUGCCUGUGUCCCAAGUAGCUAAAGAUAAAUUCAGGCUGCAGCAAGGAAUGCUCCUCUCCAGCAGGGAGUUUGGACCUGGCGCACCCACCACCAACCCUAGCUGCGACCCAGAAGUCCAGGUGCAGAGCAAGUGGAUGGAGGUGAUACACUAGACUCCAUCGUUGGGCCCCACAGCUGGAGCUGGUACCGUGUCUCAGGACAGCAUGGGGGUGAGUGGGGGGAUGCCCCUCACUCACUCAGUGGGGGGAACUACCCUCCCAUGCUGUUGCCAUGGCCGCUUCCUAAUGCUGCUGAGCAAGGCCAGCCCUGGGAUUCAGGGAUGCUGGGCAGGGGGGCGAGGAUCCCACAACGUGGUCAGCCUCUGCCACAGCCCUGCCACGUGCCCCGGCCUUGGGGGAUCCCCUGAGAGAGGGGACGUCCGGCCUGUGUGUGAGUCCCAUCUCAGUGUGGAGGAGCUGGCUGCCCAGGUGCCAAGAAGAGGGCCCAGGACUCAGGGGUGACCUGUGUGUUUAUGUGUGGGGGUGGCGGACAGUGCUGGCUGCCUCUGUCCUAUGUGUGACCCUGCCCUCGAGGGGUCCUGUCCCGUCAGUCCCGAGGGAGCCACAACCAAAGUUGCAGGGAGAUGGUGUGGAAGGAGGCCAAAUGGUCUUCAGCAGAGCGUGGCCGACUGCUCGGUCUCCAAGCUGGAUCUUUCCCGAGGAACUAGAAGGCCAGCGUUGCUUCCCUCCUCCUCCCUGCCCCCCUGCAGGCAGCCUUUCUGCUUCCCCAAUGCCUUAUGCCUGGGCACACUGCCACAGAAUAUGCAAUACAUGUGGGUGCCCCCACGCCCACACCCCCACCCCGGGCAGCCCCUGGACCCCAAAGGCUGCGGCUGCCAUGCCCUCCCUCAGCCCCUCCUGCCUAUCUGUCUUCACGAUGAGAAUGGCGCCUAAUAAAUGCUGUCCAUGGAGACCAGG